UGCGUUGGAGAGUCAGAGAACCAUACUCGUAUUAAAUUCAAUUACCAAGACACCAACCAACAGGUAGAACUUUUAAUUCACCAUUCAAUUUACACCUCAAUAGAGAACAACAGCUCACCUUUAUAUCCUUUGCACACUGUUGGUAGACACAAGAUCACUACUCUCUUAUUAAAUUUUCUUCACCUAUCUAUUUCUAUUUCACUUUCAACCACAAUGCUUCAAAAAUAUUAAGAGCUUAAUUCCUUCUUCCUUUCCUUUAUACAUGGCUAAGCAUCCAAUAAUCACUCCAAUGGAAAAAAUGAGUUUCAUUCUAACAUUCUGUUUCCUCUUGAGUUUUAUUGUCUUAUCUUCAAAUGCUGAAUUUGCCAAAAAGACUUACAUCAUUCAAAUGGACAACUCAGCAAAACCAGACAUUUUUUCCAAUCACCAAGAAUGGUAUACAUCGAAAGUUAAGUCAGUAGUUUAUAAAUCAUUAGAAGCUGAUGAGAUAGACAACAAUAUUGAAGAUAGAAUCAUUUACAAUUACAACACUGCUUUUCAAGGAAUGGCUGCAAAGUUAAGCCAAGAAGAAGCAAAGAAGCUAGAAAAUGAAGAUGGUGUUGUAGCCAUUUUUCCUGAUACAAAGUAUCAGCUUCACACAACAAGAAGUCCAUCUUUUCUUGGUCUUGAACCAAUUAUACAAACAAAAAACAACUUCUCAAAAAAGCUAGUUGAUGACCAUGAUGUUAUUGUUGGUGUGCUAGACACGGGUGUUUGGCCUGAAAGUGAGAGUUUCAGUGAUAUAGGAAUGAAACCAGUACCUUCUCAUUGGAAAGGUGCAUGUGAAACUGGUAGAGGCUUCAGAAAACAUCACUGCAAUAACAAGAUUAUAGGUGCAAGAAUAUUCUACCAUGGUUAUGAAGCAGCAACAGGUAAAAUUGAUGAACAAGCAGAUUUCAAAUCACCAAGAGAUCAAGAUGGUCAUGGAACACACACUGCAGCUACUGUUGCUGGUUCACCAGUUCAUGGUGCUAAUCUUCUUGGCUAUGCUUCUGGAACAGCAAGAGGAAUGGCACCAAAUGCAAGAAUUGCAGCUUACAAAGUGUGUUGGUCAGGUGGAUGCUUCAGCUCAGAUAUUCUGUCAGCUGUGGAUAGAGCUGUAGCUGAUGGUGUCAAUGUUCUAUCCAUCUCUUUAGGCGGCGGAGUCUCGUCUUACUAUCGAGAUAGUUUAUCGGUCGCUUCGUUUGGAGCGAUGGAGAAAGGUGUUUUUGUUUCAUGUUCAGCUGGAAAUGCAGGACCUGAUCCUGUUAGUCUCACAAAUGUUUCACCUUGGAUCACAACAGUUGGAGCUAGCACAAUGGAUAGAGAUUUUCCUGCAGAUGUUAGCCUUGGAAAUGGAAGAAAAAUCACAGGAACUUCACUCUACAAAGGAAAAACAAUGCUCUCAGUUAACAAACAGUAUCCUUUGGUUUACAUGGGAGGUAACUCAACUAGUCCUGAUCCAAGAUCUUUGUGUUUGGAAGGUACUUUAGAUCGCCGAGCCGUUGCCGGUAAAAUCGUGAUUUGUGAUAGAGGAAUUAGUCCUAGAGUGCAAAAGGGUCAGGUAGUGAAAAGUGCAGGAGGUGUAGGAAUGAUACUAACAAACACAGCAGCUAAUGGUGAGGAGCUUGUAGCAGAUUGUCACCUACUUCCAGCAAUAGCAAUAGGAGAAAAAGAAGGCAAAGAAAUCAAACAAUAUGUGUUAACAAAUAAAAAAGCUACUGCAACAUUAGCUUUUCUUAACACAAGAUUAGGAAUUACACCAUCUCCUAUAGUAGCAGCAUUUUCAUCAAGGGGGCCUAAUUUUCUAACACUAGAAAUUCUUAAGCCUGAUAUAGUUGCUCCUGGUGUGAACAUUCUUGCUGCUUGGAGUGGUGUUACUGGUCCAUCAAGUUUACCAACAGAUCGAAGAAGAGUGAAAUUCAAUAUACUUUCUGGAACUUCAAUGUCAUGUCCACAUGUUAGUGGAAUUGCUGCUAUGAUAAAGUCUAAACAUCCUGAAUGGAGUCCAGCUGCUAUAAAAUCAGCUAUCAUGACAACAGCUUAUGUUCAUGAUAACACAAUCAAACCUCUUAAAGAUGCUUCAUCUGAUGAACCUUCAACACCUUAUGAUCACGGUGCAGGACACAUUAAUCCUAGAAAAGCACUUGAACCAGGUUUAGUAUAUGAUAUUAAACCACAAGAUUACUUUGAGUUUCUUUGUACACAGAAACUAACUCCAACAGAAUUAGGAGUUUUUGCUAAAAAUUCAAAGAGAGUUUGUAGAAACACUUUUGCUAGUGCAGGGGAUUUGAACUAUCCGGCUAUAUCGGUAGUGUUUCCGGAGAAAGCAUCGACUUCAGAAAUGACGAUUCAUAGAACUGUCACCAAUGUUGGACCUGAUGUUUCAAAAUAUCAUGUCAUUGUUACACCUUUCAAAGGUAGUGUUGUGAAAGUUGAGCCAGAUACAUUGAAUUUCACAAGAAAGUAUGAGAAAUUGUCUUAUAAGGUUACUUUCAAAGCAACAACUAGGCUAAGUGAACCAGAAUUUGGAGGUUUGGUGUGGAAAGAUGGGGUGCAUAAAGUAAGAAGCCCUAUUGUGAUAACAUAUUUGCCACCAAUAUGAAUUUCUUUCCCUUAGUGACUAGUUACUAGUUCAGCAGUUUUUUUGGUGUUUGCAAUAAGAGCAAAUUUUCUGUACUAUGAUUAUGAAUGAAGUUUAUGCAUUUUUGUUACAUGAAAUGUUUGAUAUUUUAUUGUUCUAA